AUGGCCAUGAAGAUGAUUUGCUCGGUUCUGCUGUCGCUGGCAAGCUUGGCAGCCUCCCAGACUUGCUGGGCGGGCAUUCCAUCCAGCAUCACCGCCACACCAGGGUGCACCGACCUCGCCUACGGAUCAAACUGCUCAGUGACCAUCGCGGCCCAGACCGGCAGUUUGGCCAAAUGCCUUGCAGCUGGCACAUACACCUUUGCAUGCCCUGAGGCGGCUGGCGGGCAGACCUUCCUCAUGGCUACGGAGGCCUACCUGCAGUGCAAGGUCUGCGCGGCGAGCUUCACUGAUACCAACGACGGCACCGGAGUCUACUCAGGCAUGCUGUACUUCGGGCAGAACAUGCUGAACGGGGUUGUGGACGAGGCCGACAUCACCGCCUACACCGCCUUCGCUGUGGACGAUUGCGGCGCCCCUGUCCUGGAUGCGAUGGGGGGUUUGACGCCACUGGGAACGGCACUCAAGGUGACCUCAUCAGAGACGUGCUGUGACAGCACGAAGUAUUCCAUCGCCAUCACCCUGACGAACCCUACCUACACCAAGAUUGCGGUGGUGCCCAGCGACGGGGCAAACUUCUUGAAGGACGGUGUGAUCGUUGAUCUCAUGGACCUCACUACUACCACCACAACCACCAUGGGCGGCGGCGGAAUCAGCGGCACCACCACCAUGCACUUGGCCCCGGCUAUGGCUCUUGGGCUGCUUGCCAUCUCCAACUGA